AUGCUUAUUUUCAAGGGUAGAGACUUCCACAUCCGGAUACUUUUACCAACAGAUUCUCAACUGAAAAAUGCAAGGAUAGAGUGUGGCUGGCAGCUGAAGAAGAUCCUUCAUGGAUAUCGGCAUAUUUUGAAACAGAGGUUGCACAGUUGUCCAGAUCUUGUCAGUUUUGUGGUGGAGCUGAAAACUAUCUUGGAAAUUGCUUUGAAGAAUACACAAGAGCUGCAUGUACCGAGGCCACCAGAAUACUACUCCUGUCUUGUCAGAGAUCUAGAAAUACUGGGUUGGAAUAAAGUCGCGUAUGUGGAUGCUGGGCUCACCACAAUCAAGCUGAAGGCUGAGGACUCUCGUGGUCGACAGCACCUGGUCACUCUGAGGUUAAACGCAAAGGGAGGAAGUUGGGACCUUUUUGUAUGUCUGCUCAAGCAAGGUUUUCUGAACUGUUUUCUGGUGUUAGCAGUUUAUGCAAUAGCAGCACAACUUCUGCAAUACCUCCUGGUGUGUCACUGCCUGCAUUGGAAAUGUUGCAUAGGACUAAAGGAGGCAACUUCUCAGUAUCCUACUGAGCCACCAGACUGCAUUGUGGAUUUUCCUGUUCAGUUUGCCAUUUCCUGGAUGCCACAGGACUCCUUAGUAACCAUCCACAAUCAGUUCCUGGCAGCUCUGGAAUCGCUGAAAGAAUUCUGGGACACCAUGGAUGAAAUUGAUGGGAAGACGUGGGUACUGGAGCCAGAAAAUCCAGCCAGGGGUGCUACAGCAAGGAGGAUCGCCAUAGGGAGCAAUGUUUCUGUGAACGUAGAGGUGGAUCCCAGGCAUCCAAAGAUGCUCCCUGAGUGUUACUUCCUUGGAGCAGAUCAUGUGGUUAACCCUUUGAGAACUAAGCUGAACAACAACAUGCACUUGUGGGAUCCAGAAAUUAGUUUACUACAAAACUUGAAAGACCUCUUAGAAAUUGAUUUUCCAUCUCGUGCCGUGUUAGAAAAAAGUGAUUUCACCAAGGACUGUGGAAUCUGCUAUGCCUACCGCCUCCACGGCGCCGUGCCAGAUCAAGUGUGCGACGAGCCCCGAUGCGGACAACCUUUUCAUCAGGCUUGCCUGUAUGAGUGGCUACAAGGUCUUCCUUCCAGCAGACAGAGCUUUAAUGUCAUCUUUGGUGAAUGUCCAUAUUGUAACAAGCCCCUGACACUGAAAUCUUCCGUGAAGAAACCUUGAGAAAAGCACCAUGAGGGGGACGUCGGCGCACUUGCACCGAAGGCAGUGAAACAGUGGCAUCAAAGAAAAUACAAGGACAGUAAUAUCAGAAACAAAAGUACAAGUAUAGCUAUACUGUAGUGGUAUCUUUCUUCAGUAAACGCGAGCCUAAAUAUUGUGGGUACAGAAAGACCAGGUUCUUGCAAAGACAGUGGAUGAGCUGUAGUUAAGAGCUGCUCUAGUUUCCUUUUGGACUCAAAGAAUGAUGCUUGGGGGUUGAGUGGUGGUAAUUCUCUUCCUGUGUCUUUCUGCAGGGGACAAAAAAAAAAACCCAAACAGUAAUAACAACCUUAGUAUUUACAUGAGUGAGAUUUGAAGCACUAAAAAUAAAAAUCAAGCCAUCAAGCAGAGAAAGAUAACAUCCAGGUAUUUAAGCUACCCAAGAGAAAGCAGCACAAUUCUGACCAAAUCUUAACUCUUGAAUUUGCAGAUGUGUAUUAAGUGCAUAACUACAGGUUUGAUUAAACACCCUUGAAAGAUGUUGUCUAUUCCUGAGCAGCUGCAAUUCUUGUCUAUCUUUAACUCUCUUUGCAGAAUGUUAAAAUAUUUAAGUCUUUACAGUAUUCUUGUGAAUAAA